UAUCCUUUAUUUUCAGCAUUUGCACUUAAUAAAUGGCUUUCGUCACCCUCGGGUGUCGGCCAGCACGUGCCUAUCCUGGUAUUCGGGAAAUAUCGGGGUCGGGGCGUGUCAUGACGGCAUAAUGGAACCAUAUUUAGGGUUGUACAACAUAUUAUUGGACUCAAAUUUAUGGUAUUGUGGGAAACUAGUUGAUGUUGCAAGCUUGUUCAAUACACUACCAUUGAGCAGCUUUGACAUAAAACUCCUCAAAGAUAUCGAUCUAUUCGAUUUGUUCGAUUUGAGACCCAACGGUGGCAUUGAGGUCGAAAGGAACAACUAUUGUGCAAGUAGGCGCUCCAAGGGAACUUUUGACUGCGCCAUAUAUAGCAUUUUUCUCCAUGAGAGCAAGAUUCCAGAUCGGUUCAAUUACAGGAGCAUGGGUAACACUGUUUUCUCUAUUAUUGUUCCUUCACAUCUUAAUAUCAAGAUCGUAGGUUUAAAUGCAUGUAUAUUGUAUGCCCCGCAAUCGGAUCGAAGCCCUGAGAUUGCACGUGGCCAUCAUCGCCCUUCGCUUGAACUUAGGAAUGAGACAAAGGGCCUUAAGUGGAGAUUAGAAAUGUUGACAGGGUUUGAAUGGAAAGUGAUGAACGAAGAUAUGUUAUGGCUAAGCCAUUGGAUUAUGGGGAACAAUGAAUUGGAAUGCGGGGAAGAAGUGUGUUUUAAAAAAAUCGACGAGCAAGACGGUUUCGUCACAAAGGAGAUUGGAGUCCAGUUUGUGUACGAGCAGCAAAAUAAGGAUAAGGAGGAUGUCCCAUCAAGUAGUGGAGAUGCAAUGAUCCUACGUUGCAGAUCGAGCGCAUCUUUCGCUGGACCGGUGUACCCACGCCUUGAUACCAUGGGACCGGACAUUUUAGGCUUUAAGAAAAGGAUCCGUAACUGCAAGAAUGAAUCUAUGUCAACUGUCGUCUGCCAUGUUCGUUACGAUCUCUGUAACCAUGCAGUGAUCGAUUCAAAUGAUUAUUGGUAACGAGUGCUCUAAACUAUUACCCAGUUGAAUUCAAACUAAUGUUGGUGAUGCACAAAUCACUAGAUUCAAAUGA